UCAUUUCUCACCCUCCAACCAUCCUCCCCAAAAAACACACACACACACUCAAAGAUCCCAAAUCUCCAUUUCCACACCAAAACGCCAUCGUUUUGAUCGAUGGCGUCACUUUCACUCACUACUUCCGUCAACUUAAACUUCCGAUCACACCGCCAUUCCCCGCCGUCAAUCCUGACAAGUCAACGGAACAAUCUCCGGUCAACAUCCUCAUACUCACACAAACCUUCAUCACUCACUUUAAAAUUCCCCUUACACAAUUCACCAAUCCAAAACCCUAAAUUCAUCGUAAAAUCAUCCGCGGCCGUGGUUCCGGCGCAGGCACCCGCGCCUGCGCCGGAACCAUGGCACGGAGCGGCUAUAAAGCCGCUCCUAGCAUCAAUUGCCACUGGUGUUAUUUUAUGGUUUGUUCCUGUACCGUCAGGCGUUUCUCGAAACGCCUGGCAGUUAUUAUCAAUUUUUUUAGCUACUAUAGUUGGAAUUAUAACGCAACCUUUGCCUUUAGGUGCUGUAGCAUUGAUGGGAUUAGGUGCUUGUGUACUUACCAAAACAUUAACAUUUGCUGCCGCUUUUUCGGCUUUUGGUGAUCCAAUUCCUUGGUUAAUUGCAUUAGCAUUUUUCUUUGCACGCGGAUUUAUUAAAACCGGAUUAGGGAAUAGGAUUGCUUAUCAGUUUGUUAAAUUGUUUGGUAGUUCGAGUUUAGGGUUAGGAUAUAGUUUAGUUUUUAGUGAGGCGUUGUUAGCGCCUGCUAUACCGUCGGUUAGUGCACGAGCCGGUGGGAUAUUUUUGCCUUUAGUUAAGUCGUUGUGUGUUGCGUGUGGAAGUAAUGUAGGUGAUGGGACUGAACAUAAGUUAGGGUCUUGGUUGAUGUUGACUUGUUUUCAGACGUCGGUUAUUAGUAGCUCUAUGUUUUUGACUGCCAUGGCUGCGAAUCCUUUGAGUGCUAAUUUGACGUUUAAUACUAUUCAGCAAACGAUUGGGUGGACUGAUUGGGCUGUUGCUGCUAUUGUCCCUGGAAUUGUUUCUUUGAUUGUUGUUCCGCUUGUUUUGUAUUUGAUUUAUCCUCCUUCCGUUAAGAGUAGUCCUGAUGCGCCUAAGCUUGCUCAAGAGAAAUUAGAGAAAAUGGGACCUAUGACAAAAAAUGAAAUCAUCAUGGGGGCGACUUUGCUUCUCACGGUUGGCCUGUGGAUUUUUGGAGGGAUGCUUGGUGUUGAUGCUGUUACAGCUGCUAUUCUUGGAUUGUCUGUUCUCCUUAUAACUGGAGUUGUGACAUGGAAGGAAUGCUUAGCUGAAUCUGUGGCAUGGGAUACCCUUACAUGGUUCGCUGCUCUCAUUGCAAUGGCUGGCUACCUUAACAAAUACGGUCUCAUCUCCUGGUUUAGUCAGACAGUUGUCAAGUUUGUUGGUGGACUAGGCCUUCAAUGGCAAGCGUCUUUUGGCAUUCUUGUACUUCUGUACUUCUAUUCCCACUACUUCUUCGCCAGUGGAGCUGCUCAUAUUGGUGCCAUGUUUACCGCCUUCUUAUCUGUUGCCAGUGCUCUUGGCACACCACCAUUAUUUGGAGCCAUGGUCCUAGCUUUUCUUUCCAAUCUCAUGGGUGGUCUGACUCACUAUGGAAUUGGGUCAGCCCCUGUAUUUUAUGGAGCCAAUUAUGUUCCUCUUGGCAAAUGGUGGGGUUACGGGUUUAUCAUCUCUGUGGUCAAUAUUAUCAUCUGGCUUGGAGUCGGUGGAGUCUGGUGGAAGUUCAUCGGCCUGUGGUAGAGUGGAGGUACCGAUUUAAUACCCACAAUCGAUUUACAAAAAUCAGAAAAUUUCUGACUUUUAAUGUGCUGUUAGUAGGAUUUAAACCAAAUCUUUCCGGUAUCGAAUCUGGUUACAAGAUUUUUUUUUCUCGGGAUUCUCACCUUGCAAACAAUUUUUGUCAUUGAUGGAGGUUUGUGUAGGUUAAGAACUUAAGGUGGUUGGUAUACACGGCUUGAUGCCCAUUUAUAUUUGAAGUUUACCCUUACAUUUUUGGUGGUUUUACAUGAACUUUGUAGCGGAUUCUUGCUUUAAUAUGUGUACUUCAUGCAUUCCAUAUAUGUAUUGUAGAUUUGUAUGUCUAUGAAUAUGAAUUUGACGACUCA